AUGGUCAAUACCAACAGCACCGGUGUCCAGAGCCAGCUUCUCCUGCCCUACCCUCCACCAUAUCUUCCAACACCUUCCCCCCGCCAGCGCUCUACAAUCGCAUCUUCCGUCAAACAUUCAGAUUCCGCAAGGGUUCCAUCAAGUCACCAAGUGCAACAUCACCCGCCGGAGAGGUAUCUUGGGCCGCCGCCUCCUAGACCCGGCUUCGUCACGAGGACUGUACCACAGCAUGUCUGGGACCCGUAUACCAAGCUACGUUCAAGGAAAAAUGCGAUGGACGUGACUUUACACUUCUGUCCGGACGGCAUCACACCGCUGGAUACGCAACGCAUCACAUUCGACCUCGCUGGGCAGAUUCCAGGCACCGGGAUCCCGCUUGCGCUACAGAGGAUAGAAGGCGGUGAUUUCGAGGUGGAACCGGUCAUUCCUACAGCUACAUCGAGCUUUGUAUGGCGAUUGUUCGCGGCAUUUCACGGAUUCUUCAAGGCAAGCCUGCUCUCCCCCCUCCCUCCCCCCUACGCCCAAGCGGCACCGAACGCCACCACUGGUGCCCCUCGGAGUGACUUGAUCUGGGCGUUCGGACCUGGCGGGCUGAGCUUCGACAACGUCUCGCUGGUAGCACUGUAUCAGAUGGCUGGCCAGUUCUUCCUGGGCGAGUUCUACGCGGAGUUACCGCGAGACGUCUGGGAUCGCCAUCUCGAUACAGCGCCAGUCCCUAUGACGUAUUGA